UGAUCUGUCUGCCUAAUGGGUAUGUAUGUGUUGGUCCGCAAGCUGUUCGAUGAAACGCCUGUAUGGGUGGAGGGGAAGGCUUGCGAUUCCGUCGUUUUUGUUGGGCGUGCGCUCGUGAUGAAUUUUAUGCGAGGAACAGAUAUCGUGAGCUCGCACUGUGCUGUUGUGGCGUUUCAUCUGCUGGAUGGAUUUCGGACGAGGAACCGAUGGCAUUUGGAUUUGCCUUCUGUUCUGGUUGAUCUGCACGGGCCGGCGCACGCUACAAUUGCAGAAUUUCUUGUUAAUGCUAGAAUUGGGGCGGCCCUAAUUAUGCCGCUUAAGCUCUACAAGAGGUUCAAUUAUUAUGAGAAACGCAGGAGAAACAGAGAAUCAAAAAAGACCAUGCUACGGAAUAUGUCUGAAUAUGCGGAGUACCUCUUCCAGUGUUGGCGGGAUGAAGAUGACAAAAAUGAUAAAUCAAGUGGACCUUCUUGGUUCAGAGGACACCGGUGGGUUAGGAAUCCAAAAAGUACUAGUGGUUUCCGUCCACAUGAUUUUUAUUAUGGGAACUUCAAAAGCAGGGGUGGAUUUGAGUUUUGCGCAAGUGAUGAGGAUGAACCAGAAACAGUCUUUCGGAAUGCUUUUCGUGGCCAGCAGGCAUACUAUUGGUCUUUUGACUCUGAUGAUUUUCAUUGGAGAAAUCGCAGACGUUCUCAUUCAGAAAGUUCCAGACGUUGGAGUUAUGAGUCAGAUGAUGAGGAUGAAACAUCCACACAAACGGAGGUAUCUUUGGCACGGCAGGCACUUGGUUUGAGUACUUCUGGACCGCUGAAACUCGAAGAUGUUAAAAGCGCGUACCGAACAUGUGCACUUAGAUGGCACCCAGAUCGUCACAAUGGCUCAACCAAGGCUACUGCAGAGGAGAAAUUCAAGCAUUGCAGUGCAGCAUACCAAACCUUAUGUGAUAGUUUAGCUACUGCAUAAACAAUUGUGAUGAGAUCUGAGCCACAGUUGUCCCUUUAAUCCACAGAUUAACUUUAUAACCACAAAUUCUGGACUGCUUGCACCCGCUGAUCAUCUUAAGCCUGCAAGCUCAACUGGCCGCCAAAAACUGCUUUGGUCUGGAGCAAAUCAAUUGGACUAAAAACUGAUCAAAUAACGCAGAAAUACUGUACCAUGCAGCAUUUUUCUUGCAGGGUCAAUGUUGUAAUUUAGAAGUAGGAAGACACUAUUUACACCGCUCAAGAUUUUGUUGUGGUGGGGUUCCCCAAUUUAGUCAGUCUGUUUGAAAUUUUAGCAUUACAAUUGGGCACAUUAUAAUCACUGUUGCUGAUGCAGAGCAACCAAAGUGUUGAUCGAUCUCAAAUUAUCGACAUUCUUAAUCAUUUUUUUUGGGGCACGCAUUCACCUGUUAAAGAAUUGUCUGCUGUUGAAUUCUCUAUCCUGGACUGGAGUGAACUCGAGUAUAAAUGAAAUUUG